AUGGUUCGGAAAGCGACCGUUGCCCAUCCGAACGUAUCGAUUGAAGAGGAAGUCGAGCUCCAUGUCAACGACAUACCGUACGUGUUGAUACCACAGAGCACCAGCUUUGUUUCGUUCAAUUCUGAGCAAGCGCCGUGCAUCCUCUUUGUUGCCUACCCUACACAACCUGGAGACACCAUCUCCCAAGAGACACUCUCUGCCUUCCGAUCAGAGGUGCUUGACCUUGACGAUGUUUUUCAGUCUGAGUUUGCUCGUACAAUUGUCUUCCACGGAAGCAGCGAGUCCGAAGUGAAGUUGGAUUCCAAUGCAACUGAGGGGUUGGCCAGAUGGGGGGCCACAAGUCGGGUUUUCGAGGAAGGUAAUGGCCGAGAUUCGACACCGCCGGGACCGUAUGUUUACACCAAGGGGCGUGUUUGGCAGCCGCGGCGGGUAUACCGCGACUUCAAUGCUACCUUUAUGUGCACAUUCAAACCCAAUCCCGCUAGCCCUAAUGGAUAAGUCCCCCCUCCCCAUGUCCUUUGUGAGUUCGUCACGGCUGGUUUGUUGUUAUAAUUUGACCAGGCUUGACUCUCCAGAAGCCGGCAUUGACGGUCGGGUCAUUGUUCCCUCUCGUUGCUACUUCAAACCAUCACCCUCUCGUCCGCUCGAUGGUGUUCGUGUUGGGGUCAAGGAUAAUUUUGACAUCGCGGGCCAUAAAACAACGCUGAAUAAUCUGGCACGGCGAGAUCUAUAUCCUCCUGCCGACAAGAAUGCCCACUGUGUGUAGCUUCUCAUCGAUGCGGGUGCCAGUAUUGUUGGAAAGCGCAAGCUCCAAGCUCUGACUGUCCGCGAGGAGCCAGUGGAGGCAGUUGAGUUCACCGACCCCUUCAACCCCCGGUGCGAUGGAUAUCAAGUUCCUUCUGGUAGUAGCAGCGGCAGCGCCGCUGCUAUCGGUUCUUACGAUUGGUUGGAUCUCUCUCUUGGGUCGGACAGUAAGUCUUCAUCACCACGUUUCUCUCCUGCCCCCACGUCUAAUAUGCUGAUCAACCUAGCCAACGGUAGCGUUCGCAACCUGCUUACUACAAUGGAUGCCAUACCAUACGCCCAACAACAGGUAUCAUGA